AUGCAGGGCUCUUUGUGGGCCUGGCAGAGGGCGAGGCAGAUCAGGCUGUGGGGAACUGCCUGGCACCUUUCCAGCUGCUCUCCAGCGUCAGCGGCUCUUCCUGGUUUAGCUCAGAGCUGCUCUUCUCCGAGUCCUUCCUGCAGCUGCUGCGAGGCAUGGCGGCAGACCCGUCCUCGGCAGCUUCGAAGUUCCAGGAGUCCUGGAUUCGGCCGUGGCUCACAGCCACGGCAGUGGAUGAAAAGAGGUUUGACGGUUUCCAGACGCUGGUGA